GCCUGCCGCCCUCCAUCGGGGCCAGGACGAGGCCAAGAACCAGGUUGCUCCAGGGGGAGAAGGCAGAAAGAGGAAGCAUGGAAGAGGGGGAGCUGGGGGCCCCCGGCCAGGAGGAGCCCAGCGAGGAGGCCGCCCUGCACUAUGAGGAGAGCAUCACCCGCCUGCUGAUGACCAUCGUCCAGCUGCAGGGGAAGAUGGAGCGGCUGGAACAGGACAGGGCCAGGGAGGAAGAGGAGGAGGAGGAGGACUACUUUUCUGAUUUGGGCUCCGAGUCCACCACCAGCCUCCCCCGAUGCCCGUCCCUCUUAGCCAGGCCUGCCAGGAGCCCCUCUCCCCCGCCUCCAGCCGGCCCAGAACAAGGGACGGCUGACCUCUUCCUGGAUGUCCACAAGGCUCUUUCCUCCCUGGAGAACCUCCUCCUCUCCUACCGGAAGCCCCUUCCCAGCGAGGAAGCCCAGCUGGCCCAGGGCCUGGGAGCCGGCCUGGAGGGGCUCCAGAGGGAGGGCUCCGGGUGCUCCCCCCAGGAGGCUGAGGAGCCCCCCUGCGAGAGGAUGGCCGCCCUCUACAAGGAGAGGAACGCCGCCCUGCGAGCCCAGCUGGAGGCCCAGCAGGAGCUGCUCAGCCGGUCCGAGGCCUCCGUGGCCGCCCACCAGCAGGAACGCCACAGGCUCCAGAGGAAGGUGCAGGAGCUACAGGAGAGCCUGUCCAGGGUGGAGACCUGCGCUGGAGAAGCCCCCGGCCCCCCAGGGGAAGGAGCCCAGGACCCCCCCUCAGGGGCUGCCCAGAAUGGCCCCCACCCUCCCUGGGGGGCUACCAGCUUCCAGCCUGCCCCCUCCCUUCCAGCCUGGCCCCCCACAGAGAUCCAGAACAGCCUGGAGCAGCUCCACAGGCGCCUGGAGGGGCUGCGGGGGCUGAACCGGGGGCUCUCUGGGGCCCUGCAGGAGUCCAAGACGGACGCGGAGCAGCUCAGCCUGCUGCUCGGAUGCCAGGAGUCCCAGCAGACGGGUCUGGCCCUGGCCCUGCACAUCAGUGGACGCUGCCUGGAGGCCUACGAGACCCUCUUGGCACUGACGGCCGCGGAGCAGAAGCCGAGCCCAGAAAUGGGAGCAGAGGCACCUCAGGCAGGGGCCUCCGAGGACCCAAACUCUGCGCUGGAGAAAAAAGCCCUCUGGAUUUUGCAAGCCUGCAGCACCGCCGUCGACAGCAGCCGCUGCGACCCAGAGGGGGUCCCGGGGAGCUCCCUGCGACUGACGGGCUCCGAGGGGGCAGAAGCCAAGCGGAGGCUGCAGGGACUCAUCCGGCACCUGCGGGCCCAGCAGAGGUCCCUGAAGCUGCCCAGCCACCCUCCGCCCCUGGGACUGGCCACCGUGGCCGCCAGGCUCAGCGCGGGCAUUGCGGCCAAGGUGGCGGAGGGCCGGAGGGCCGUGCAGGAGGCGCUUCCCGGCUCGGUCACCCCACCCCGGAUGGAGAAGGGCCAGCUGCUGCGGGAGUUACACAGCACCCGGGAGGCCUUGGCUGACCUGGGCACCAGGGUGCACCUCACCGCCAAGGCCAAGCAGGGCCUGGCGCUCUGGGCCCACACGCUCCCCGCCCAGGAGGCCGCCUGCCUACUGGUGAUCCAGACCCUCCAGGGGGAGCAGCGAGACCUCCGGGGACAGCCGGACCCCUCCCCAGAAAGCAGCGGCGGCAGCAGCAGUGAGGAGGAAGACUCUGGGGCCUGGGCCCCCAACGGCCUUCCUCGGAGGAGACCCCCGGCUGCACCCAAGGACACGGAGGGGAGCCUGGCCGGGAGGGAGCCAGAAGCCCUCAGGCUCCGAGUUCUGGAGACUUCGGCUCGGAUCCGGGCCCUGAAGGAACGUCUGGAGGGUCUCUGGGUGGAGCUGGAGGAGAAGAGCCAGGACUACAGGGCCCAUGAGGCACAGGAGAUGGAGCUCAUGCAGGACCUCUUCCAGGCCCAUAGCUCCCUCCUCCUCACCUACCAGAAGGCCCGCCAGAAGCAGGACACGCAGGUGGGCCAGCUGGAGGCCCAGGUGGGGCUGAUGACCAGGCGCCAGGCCAGGCAGCGCCAGGCCCUCCUGCAAACCCUCCGGCGACUGCAGGACCAGGUGCCCGCAGGGGCACGGACCGGCCUACCCCAGGCCCCUGCGUCGGGUGAGGGCACCCGGGACCCACCCAGGAGUUUGGAGACCCCGCCCGUCCCGUGGAGCCGAAAGUGAGGCCUUCUGGACACACACAGACGCAGCAAAGGGGGGGACGGGGCAAGGGUCAUUUACACACACACCCCCAAUGGCCGGUCAGCCUCGCCAGGGAGAGCAGGCGGGAAUCAUGGCCCCCCCGGGGCGACCUCUUUGCAGGAAGUAUAAAGCCCCCUCUUCUCUCUAAGACAGUGUUUCUCAACCUUGGCGACUUUAAGUCC